AUGUCGACGUCCUUCAUCGUCCGCGCCGCCGUUCUCCUGGAUGCCGAAGCCAUCGCGCAAAUCCACGUCGUCGCAUGGUGUGCCGCGUACGUAGACAUAGUACCGCAAACCCACCUUGACAGCCUUACAAUCAGAGAUAAAGUCACGCUAUGGAAGCACAUCUUGUCGGAUCCAGUCAAAGCCGCCAAAAUCCUCGUCGCCGAAGAACAGGCGCAGGUGACACGCCUACUGGGCUUCGUCAGCUUUGGCGAUGCCGCCGCACCAUCUCCAAAUCACAAAGCUCUCGUGGAUGGCUCUACAAAGACAGGCGAGCUUCGUGCAAUAUAUGUUGAUCCUCAGGAUUGGUCCAAGGGUGCUGGCCGGCGAUUGUGGAUGGCGGCACAGCAGCAGCUCGUCGAGGCGCAAUUUACGACUGUUGUUGUUCUCGUGCUAGCAAGGAAUGAAAGAGCGAUCCGUUUCUACGAAGCUGCUGGAUUCGGAAAGGACGGAGCUGGAUUGAUUGAGAUUGGAGGGGCGAGUCUUGAGACUGUCCGAUUGACCAAGGCACUGACUUGA